UCCACAGCUUCAAAUUCCCCUUUUUUUUCCCUCUUCCCCGGUUCCAUUCUCGAUCUUGGGUUAGGGUUUGGUUUCUUCUCUUCUCCAUGGAGAAUCCUAUCCUGAGAUUGGUCGUGGAGAAGGGCCCGAAAGAGGGCGAAAUGCUGGAGUGCAAGUCCGGAGCUAUCACCCGCGUCGGCCGGGUCGUGAGGGGCAAUACCUUCGCCAUCCGGGACCCCGGUAUCUCCCAAAAGCACCUCGCCUUCGAAUUCCUCCGUGAGACCUCCCGAUGGGUCGUCUCAGACCUCGAUACCUCCAAUGGCACCCUCGUCAACGACGCUAAGAUCCGGCCCUCCAUCCCGUUCCCCCUCUCCGACGGCGAUUCCAUCAAGAUCGGUGAGAUGACCUCCAUCUCCGUCAGGAUCGCCGGGGAAGAGCCCUAUACUGAUGCGGCGGCCGCGGCGGUGGAGGAGGAGGAGAGGACUGGGGUGCGGCGGCGCGGAAGACGGAGGGGAGCACCUCCGGCCAGACCUGCAGCCGAGCGGUCCUCGGAUGCGACCGCGGACGCCGGCAGUGAAGCGCCGACGAGAAAUGGUGGGAGGGCGAGGGGGAGAUCGAAGAAGACUGCUGCUUCUGCUACGGUUCCGAAGAAAGAUGAUAACUUGGAUGCGGUGGUGGUGGAUGAGAGUGAUGAAGCAUCGAAGAAUGCGGAGAAGGGGAGAGGGAGGAGAAGGCCUACGACGAGGGCGGCUUCUACUAGGGUUUCAAAGGAGGAGGAGAAAGAUGAGGGGGUAAAGCUGUCGGGUUCAGUUCUGGUAUCUAAUUCACAGUCUGUAGAAGCUGCUGUGAAGGGGGAAUUUUUGAGGCUGGAAGCUAGCAGUGCUGGUGAAGGGGUGAAAUUGGCUGAGAAUGGAGCAGGGGAGGUGAGGCAAGAGGAGGGAGAAGAAAAUAUGGAUAAGAUGACGCUAGGGGAGUGGUUUGAUCGGAUGGAGAAGUCCUUGCCCCUGAUGAUUAAUGAUAUAUCUGAGGAAAUCAUUUCAAGCUUGAGGGAGAAAGCUCGGCGGUUUGAUGAUUUCAGAGCUCAAAGCAUGCAUGCUAGCUGAUUUGCAUGGGUAGUAGCCAAUUCAUGGUGAUUCUGUGAAGGUUCUUGACAUGCUUCUCCAGCUGGCUUGGUUACCUUCUCAAUUAGAGGCAUCGAAUAAGAAUUGUUGCAUGCAUUUGGGUUGGAACCAUAGGUUAGUUACCUGGAUGAAAUUGUUAGCUGUACUUUGUACAUUUUAUGCUUCUUUCAUCUCCAGUGAAUCAUGCAUCACUUUGGUUACCAUGAACUGCUGAUAACCUUGCUUGUUUUUGUUAAAUAAUGACUUAGUGACUAUUGUAAAAGA